AUGCGCGCGCUCGUGGUCGUCGCGUGCGCGCUCGCGCGCGCGGCGCGCGCGGCCGUGGUCACGAACGGGGCGUUCAGGGGAGCGACGGCGCAGGCGGAUUUUCUGGACACCGCGGCGUUCUGUCUGCAAAACGACCCCACGGGGGCGAUCUGUGGGUCGUCGAACGGCGUGAACGUGGUGGUCAUGUCAAAUUGGGACAUCGCGCAGGUGACGAGCUUGAACGGCGUCUUCAAGGGUGCGACGUCGUUUAACGCCGCGAUUGGAAAUUGGGACACGUCCAAGGUGACGGACAUGACGUCGACGUUCGAAGACGCGUCGGCGUUCAAUCAAGAUAUCAGCGGUUGGGACACGUCCAAGGUGACGAUCACGGAGAGAAUGUUCAAGGGCGCCGCUUCGUUUAAUCAGCAGAUCGGUUCAUGGAACACGGCGGCGCUGGUCGACGCGCGUAACAUGUUUCACGGCGCGUCGACGUUCAAUGGAGAUAUCAGCGGUUGGGACACGUCACAGGUUACCGUUACGUGGGGCAUGUUCAACAGUGCUAGUGCGUUCAAUCAGCCUAUCGGGAGCUGGAACACGGCGAACGUGCAAUUUUUUCAUGAGACGUUUAAAGACGCCGCGGCGUUCAAUCAGCCCAUCGGGAACUGGAACACGGCGAGAGCGACGGAGAUGUUGCGCAUGUUUGACGGCGCUCAAGUUUUCGAUCAGCCCAUCGGGAACUGGAUCACGGCGAGCGUGACCGGCAUGAACGCGAUGUUUCGCAACGCGCGCGCAUUCAAUCAAGACAUCGGGAGCUGGGAUACGUCAAAGGUGGCCGAUGUGGACGCCAUGUUCCACGAGGCGCACGCGUUCAAUCAAGACAUCGGAAAAUGGAACACGGCGAGUGUGACCAUCAUGAACUCGAUGUUCGAAAACGCGCUCGCCUUCAAUCAGAACAUCAGCAGUUGGAACACGGCACUCGUUACGGGCAUGGGGAGCAUGUUCAACGGCGCGAGUGCGUUCACGGGCACUGGCGGUAUGAACUGGAACACGUCGCGGGUGACGAUGAUGGAGGAUAUGUUCAUGGAUGCUAUAGCGUUCAACGGAGAUCUCGGGCCGUGGAACGUGGGCGCGGUAACGAUGAUGAAGCAGAUGUUCAAGGGCGCGACGGCGUUCAUGGGUACAAACCUGAGAACGUGGAAACCGCCUCAAUCAAACCUGAACCAGGAAAUGUUUAAAGAGAUGUUCAUGAAUGCCGCAGCGUUUGAUUCAGACAUCACGCACUGGAACGUGGUCGAUUGCGGAACGGGAAACACGUGCGAUUCGACGGACACGUUCAACGGCGCCACGGCGUGGUUGGCUCGCUUCACGCGACUCGACACUUCAUCUUCGCUGGAUGGUCCCCCCUCCUCGUGGAUUCCGAAAACUGGUGUAGCGUUCGUAAGCAGCUCCGAUCUUCGGACCGCUGUGGGUAACUGUUUGGCGAACGAUCCUACGGGUGCGUGUGACUGCUCCAAAUCGUACGAGCUCGACUGCGGCGCAGGGGGACACGCUGCCAUAGGCGACUGGAACACAGCCUUAAUCACGGAUAUGUCUAAUCUAUUCGACGGUUUCCCGAAUUUCAAUCAGAACAUCGGGAACUGGAAUACGUCUUCUGUGACCUUAAUGAGUGCCAUGUUUGCAAGCGCUCAAGCGUUCGAUCAGCCGAUUGGCGCGUGGAACACGGCAAACGUCGUAGACACUGAAUAUAUGUUUCGUGGCGCCACGUCGUUCAAUCAGCCGAUUGGUAGCUGGAACACGGCAAAAGUUACAGACACACAAUUUAUGUUUAGUGGAGCCACGUCGUUCAAUCAGCCGAUUGGUAGCUGGAACAUGGAGAGCGUCACAUUCAUGCAUCGCAUGUUUGAAGAAGCCACCGCGUUCAACCAGCCGAUCGGUGAUUGGAAUAUUUCGAGAUGCACGCUAACGACUUGGAUGUUUCAUAAAGCUGAAUCGUUCAACCAGCCUGUUGGCAACUGGAACACAGCACAGGUCAACGGGAUGGAUGGCAUGUUCUCGCACGCGAAGCAAUUCAAUCAGGACAUCUCCAGCUGGAAUACGGCGAACGUGCAAAACAUGCUGUACACGUUCAAUCUCGCCGAAUCAUUCGACCAGCCGAUCGGGAACUGGAACGUGCGGAGUGUUCUAAACAUGCGAAGCCUUUUCGAGGGCGCACAGGCGUUUAAUCAGGACAUCUCCAACUGGAACAUGGAAAACGUCGAGGAUGCAUACGGAAUGUUCAAGGAUGCCGUUGCUUUUAACCAGCCCAUCGGCAGUUGGAAUACCGCGGCUGUUACGGACAUGACGUACAUGUUUUCGGGGGCGUCUGCGUUUACGGCAAGUCUGAAUAGCUGGAACACGUCAAACGUGGUGACUAUGAACAGCAUGUUUUCCGCCGCGUCGGCGUUCAAUGGCGCGAUAAACUCGUGGAAUACCGCGGCUGUUACGGACAUGACGUACAUGUUUUCGGGGGCGUCUGCGUUCAAUCAGGACAUCAGUGCAUGGAACACGGGGCGCGUCACGAGUUUGAGCUAUAUGUUCGCAUACACCAGUGCGUUUGACCGGCCCAUCGGUGCAUGGAACACGGGGAACGUCGUGAAUAUGGUUUCUGUGUUCCAGGUGGCACAGGCGUUCAAUCAGAACAUCAGUGCUUGGAAUACGGCUCAGGUGACAUUGAUGGACGAAAUGUUCCGCCACGCGGCCGUAUUCAACGGCGACGUUUCCAACUGGGACACGUCGAACGUUGAAAGCAUGGCGUUUAUGUUCGCUAAUGCCUCCGCGUUCAACCAUCCGAUCGGCAACUGGAACACGGCGAAAGUCACAAACAUGAAUGGCAUGUUCAACGACGCAACGAGUUUCGUUCAAGACAUUGUCGGUUGGACCGUCGGAACUGCCGUCUCUUCUAUCAGCAUGUUCUCGGGGGCCACGGCGUGGAAAUCACUGUAUCGUCGAUCGGAUUAUAGCACGAACGACGACGGUCCAGCCUCGGCCUGGAAAAGGCCGACGUAUUUCGUGAAUUCAAACGAUUUACGCAUCGCCGUAACCAACUGCCUGACCGCCGUGCCCGAUGGCACUUGUGACUGCGCGUCGUCGUCAGUUGACUGUGGUGCUGCAUUUUACCUGCAAAUGGAAGACUGGGACACGUCCUUCGUGAGUGACAUGUCGAGCUUGUUCACCAACCAAGCGACGUUCAACAAGGACAUUAGCAAGUGGAACACUACAGCGGUGACAAAUACGAGAGCCAUGUUUUCUGGUACGAAUGCGUUUAACAUCGACAUCGGCGGUUGGAACACAUCUUCUGUGAUCGACAUGAGUGCCAUGUUUGAAAAUGCUCAAGCAUUCAAUCAAGACAUUACGAAUUGGAGCACGGGUGCCGUGACGGAUAUGAGUAAAAUGUUCCGCGGUGCUUUGCUAUUCAAUUAUGACAUCGGGUCGUGGAACACAGGUGCCGUGACGAGCUUUUCUAGUAUGUUCCAGGACGCGAGCGCAUUCGCGGAACCAUUGCCUAGCGGUGUGAGCAUCGGCAGUUGGGACACAUCCUCAGUGAGGGACAUGGCGUACAUGUUUUCGGGGGCGUCUGCGUUUACGGCAAGUCUGAAUAGCUGGAACACGUCAAACGUGGUGACUAUGAACAGCAUGUUUUCCGCCGCGUCGGCGUUCAAUGGCGCGAUAAACUCGUGGAAUACCGCGGCUGUUACGGACAUGACGUACAUGUUUUCGGGGGCGUCUGCGUUCAAUCAGGACAUCGAUGCAUGGAACACAAUGGCGGUGACAUAUAUGACUGGGAUGUUCUACAACGCGGCUUUGUUCAACGGUAACAUCGCGUCAUGGAAUACGCACAACGUGGUCGACAUGUCUCACAUGUUUUUCGGUGACGCCAACUUUGUGUCGACAUCCCUUUCCGCAUGGCACGUGAAUCAAGUGCGCACCAUGAAAGGUAUGUUUGAAGGCGCGUGGGGGUAUAACGAUGACUUGCGAAACUGGGACGUGAGCAGCGUCACGGACAUUUCUCGCAUGUUUUUCGGUGCGACGUCGUUCAACGGCGAUGUGAGUACGUGGAACACGGCUGUGGUGCAAAACAUGUCGAGCACUUUUGAGCAGGCGACUUCAUUUAACCGAGCGAUAUCUGGAUGGUCCGUCGGUGCCGUGUCGGAUUUCACAUCCAUGUUCAAGUCAGCGACGUCGUUCUCCCAAGACAUAAGUUCCUGGAACACGACAAGUGCGCUGACAAUGGAGAGCAUGUUCGCAGGUGCUGUUCGGUUUAAUAGCAAUGUCGGCGGAUGGACAACCUCGAAAGUUCGUAACAUGGCUAACAUGUUCAAAAACGUGUCCGAUUUCACAGGCGGUGGCGUUGAGAGUUGGAACACGCAGGCUGUGACCGAUAUGUCCUUCAUGUUCAGCGGCGCUCGGGAUUUUCGCGUGCAAACCAACACGCUCUCUUGGUCGACGUCGUCUGUGACAGAUAUGCAGUCGAUGUUUUCGCAGUGCAUGCACUUCGAUGCCGACCUCAGCGGCUGGGACACAUCCUUGGUGACUAGUAUGGCGUACAUGUUCAACGAAGCAUCCACGUUCAAUUCAGGCAAUGGCACAAUGUUGUGGAGUACCGGACAGGUGCAAGACAUGAACUUCAUGUUUGCGAACGCUUACGCGUUUGAUCGCAACAUCGCCUCUUGGAGCGUGCAGUCUGUUCGCACGAUGGAUAGUAUGUUUAUCAACAACCCGAUAUUCAAGACGGACAUCACUGGCUGGUCCACCCCGAACAUCGUCAGCGCGGUGAACAUGUUCUCAAACGUCACGUAUUGGGCGCUCAUGUUCACUCCAGGGGGCGUAAUCGAUGGCCCUCCAAGCAACUUCGUACAAGAGUGCACGGACUCCGUGGGUGUCUACGCAUCCGUCGUGAACAACUGCAUCAUUGAGGGUGAAUGUCCUUUUCCCGAGCGAUGCGCGGUAGGCAACGAGUACUGUGUGCAGGGAUCCACCGGAUUUCUGUGUCGAGCGUGCCAGGAGGGGUAUUACAAAAGUGGCACGAUGUGCUUGGAAUGCCCUGAUAAUAGUGCCUUGAGUGCAGGCAUCGCGGCUGUGUUUGUCGUGCUUGCCGGUCUCGUCGGUUUCAAGGCGGCCGAAGCCUUGGGCGCAGUUUCCACGAACAUGAUCAAGAAGAUCGUGGAGACACUCCAGUUCUUCUCUAUCUCGUUCAGCGUCGAGAUCGACCUGUGGCCGCUUCCCGUUCUUAAUUUUGCCGACUGGAUCAAGGCGUUUGAUUUCAACAUUGAAUUUCUCGCCCCAGAGUGCGCUGGGGCGAAUAUUUCGUGGCCACAAAUUUUCUGGGCUGGGACGCUGACCAUUCCUUGUUGCAUGGCUGCCUUAUUCUUCCUUCGCGACCGCUAUGCGCUUUACUACUACAACAAGACCGUUCUGUCCAUCGUCAGCGAAACUGACGGUGAGCGCACCAUGUAUUGGAUCCGCAGACCUGGGUUCUUGUACGGCGAGCGCAAGACGUGUAAGUCCGAAAGCGGCGACAGGGUCGUAAAGGAGCUUCAGCGACAGUACAAACUGCGAGCAACGCUUCGUGUUUUCGGCACUCUGUGUAUGACCAUUUUGUACCUGCCCAUCUGUCGAUUGUGUCUCCAGUCGUUUGACUGUAUUGAAUACGGAUCAGACACGAAACAAGUUCUCGAGCACGACAUCGAUGUCGACUGCGAGGCGACUGCGCACCUCAUUCGGCAAGUUGUGGCGACGGGGAUAUUGGCCUUCGUGGGCAUCGGCUUGCCGAUCUAUGUCAUUCUCAAAGUUCGAAGCAUCCGUCUCGAUGGGAAACUGGAUGAUGCGCGAACGCUCGAUGGCUGGGGCGCUUUGUAUGAUCUCUACAGACGCGAGCAGUUGGAAGAAGCAGAUCGCUUGGAGAUUGCGCAAGUCACCAAGUCGGCAACGUUGAGAGCUUCAAUGCGGGCUUCAGACGCGGCAGCGGCGUCACCUGAGGAUGGCAGCAUGCCAAAGUCGGAUGAGGGAGUCAAGUCGUUGGCACAGAGCACUAGUCUUAAAAAGUCUGUUAGACGAGCGACGUCUUUCAAAGUGGACGAAGAGACGCAAACUGCGGUGAAUGAGAUUGAACAAGAACAACGGGAAGCGGACGAACACGCGUCGCUAGACGAAGAACAACCGCAAGAAGCCGUCGCGGAGCCAAAGAAGAAAAAGAGGUCGACAUUCGGCGCCUCUAAGUCACUGAUCAGACGUUUGAAAGUGUCUCGCUCUAUUAAAGCACGAGAGCGAGCGAAAUCGAUGAGAUGGCUCGACAGGCUGGCGUUGUACUAUCUCGCUGUGGAGAUGGGUCAGAAGCUCGGUGUAUUAGUCGCCGGGUCGUCGAACGUUGCUGCUGACAUCAGCAUCUACGGCCUCGUUUUCGUGCACUGGUUUUCUUCCAUUUUUGUCAUCGUGUGCCAACCGUGGCGCAUCAUCACUCUUGGUCUCGGAAAGUACCAACUGCGUAACGCGCUGAACAAGACUGAGUCGAUUGCGAGCUUCUUGCAGGGGGGCGUGCCGCUCAUCGGUUAUGGAUUUGCGCAAGACAGCUCCUUGAGUUCUGUGUCGACCGGCUUCAUCAUGACCAUCAUUGCCCUUUUGUUAUCCGUUCGUGUGUUUUUCCUCAUAUCUGAGCGCCUAGCGACGAAGAGGGACAAGUGGAAUUUCGAGAAGGAACCCGAAGAAACUGCGCGACAGGUGCAUCGCAGUUUCGUGGAACUCGGUAAGGAUGGCCGGAUCGUUAGUAUUUACGCUCUCAAGGCGAAAGUGACGGUGAAGCGGCGCAAGGUCCGAGCGCGACUGGAAGCGACUCGGGAUGCCAUGUUGACGCGAGUACAACACAUGAAAGAGAGUGACGAUUGCGAUGAUGAGCAGGUCGCGUGUUUACUUGGUAUUGCCAACGAAAUGGCGACAAUUGUCAACCUGUGCACGGUGCAACCCCUUCCAGGCCAUCGAGACGUGGACGAGCAGAUCCAACGAGCCUCGAGUGCGCUUGAAGAAAUUAUGACCAGCGCUAACCGAGUGUAUCAGCAGCGACUCAAAGAAAUCACCAGCGGUGCUCUCUUUUUGGUGCUGCGCGUACACGCGUACGACAGAGUUCUGAAGAUGCUAGACGAGGACAUGCUUGAAUAUGCUCGCGCAGAGUGCGUCAACGAGUUGGUCAAUCUGGGCGUCGAAGUCGUGGCGCUUGAAGACGAGCAGGCGCUUCUGCCGGAGGGAUUUGGUAACCAGGAACUCAAUGCUACUUUGCUGCGUGUUCAAGACGAGCAGUACGGGCCGUCUCUGGCACAGGCAGCCGGGAUGGACGACACGAACGGCGUGGUAGAGACGUUGAACGCGUUGAAUGAGGUUGUCGUCCGUCACGAAGCGUGGCGAGAUGCGUGCAUUGAGCUUUUCUCGCAUCCGGAAACGGAGCCACUCAUUGGAGACGAAGUUAAAGCUAACAAGGAGCUGCUACAGCGUGCGAUCGACUUUUUGCUGACGCACGAAGCGUACCUCAUCAACGCGUUCGAGGUGCUCGCUCGGGAAUGGAAGGUGCUAUUCAAGACGUACGGUCGGGUUAAGUACUCGAUGGUGCUCGAAGAAAUGACGAAUUUCGCCGUGCAAGCCAUCCAGUCGGACGACGAAGCGAGCAUCGCGCCAGCGUUGGAUAAUUACGUCGAAGACUUCGUCACGUGGUGCUCUGAAUCAUCCGCGUCAAUCGCGCAGUGUGGUUUCAGCAAACGGGCGCUGAGCGUCGCGAACGCAGCGCACGCGAGCCUCGAAAUCUUGGCGUUGAAGACGUCGAAAAAGCUCAGGAAUCAGGCCAUGAAACAAGCGCGCAAGCGCACACGCAAACCCGGUUUCUUCGGCGGUUUAUUCAGAAGCGGCGCCACGCCGAAGGCGCCAGAAGCCUUUGCGGCGGCCCCGAGCGCGGUCGAGCCGCCACCUGAAACGUCCCAACCAUCCUCGGAGAUGGAAUCCGAUACUGAUAUCUUCGAUGUCGAGGAUGAUGUCUCCGCAUCCAUCGUCGAGGCCGCGGUUACGGCCGAACCCGAGCCCUUGGAGCCGUCUCGAUCUCUCGAUCGCCGAGGUCGCUCGUUCAAUCGCUCGUUCGGCUCCAGUCUAUAG